CACAAGCAUAUGCUGCUCCUUUUUCCUCCCUAUGGCAAUUUUACGCCUCAAACAGUAAAUAAUAUUAGCCUAACAAAGCGCAUACCUUUGAGAAACACUUUUUAUGACUGUCAUAUGCAUUUUUAAUCGGCUUUGUAAUCGUUUGUAGUAGUCGUUCUCUUUGUGUUGGUUUGUUUUGCAUCACUUUUCGAGACAAUGGAGUCUCUUCGCCAUCAGCGCUUACAGCCCGGUAUCGGAUACGGAGCGAGCGCGACCGGGACGCUUCGGUCCCUGCGGCCCGGUGUAACGGGCACUCUUUCCUCCGCACAGGGUUCCCGCAUCUCGGUGUCUGCUUCCCCGGGGCCACCGCCACCACUGCCGCCCCUUCAGCUCCACACCCUCGGGUCCGGUAUCAUGGGCAGCGGGUUCGGUUCGGUGGACAUGGCGGCGGGUCUGGGUCUGUCCAAUCCCACCAACCCGGCGGUUCUGCGGGAGGCGGUGGACGCGGUGGUCAGGAGCUUUGCCAAACACACGCAAGGAUACGGCAGGGUGAAUGUCGUGGAGGCCUUACAGGAGUUCUGGCAGAUGAAGCAGUCACGGGGUGCUGACCUGAGGAACGGCGCUCUUGUGGUCUACGAGAUGGUCCCGUCCAACAACCCUCCUUACGUCUGCUACGUCAGUCUCCCCGGGGGCAGUUGCUUCGGGAGUUUUCAGUUCUGCCCGACCAAAGCCGAAGCGAGGCGGAGCGCGGCCAAAAUUGCCCUGAUGAAUUCUGUUUUCAAUGAGCAUCCAUCUCGACGCAUCACAGAUGAGUUCAUAGAGAAGAGUGUGUGUGAGGCUCUUGCCUCUUUUAACGGAAACCGAGAAGAAGCUGAUAAUCCUAGCACAGGCAUCGGUGCUUUUCGCUUCAUGUUGGAGUCUAAUAAGGGGAAGUCUAUGCUAGAGUUCCAGGAACUGAUGACAGUUUUCCAGCUUCUCCAUUGGAAUGGUAGUCUCAAAGCUAUGAGAGAAAGGCAGUGCUCCCGUCAGGAAGUGCUCGCUCAUUACUCGCACCGAGCGCUAGACGAUGACAUGCGUACACAAAUGGCCGCCGACUGGGUCAGCCGAGAACACACUUUAUCCGGAACCAUCAAUCGAGAGAUGGCCGCCACCGAGCGCGAGCUGGAAGAGGCUCGUCUGGCAGGACGGGAGCUGAGGUUUUAUAAGGAAAAGAAAGACAUUCUGCUGAUGGCAGUGGGGCAGCUAGGUGGGUCAAACACUACAACUCUGCCCUGCACAUGCUGAAGAGUAUGAAGACGUGUCAGACGUGGCAUAUGAUUGUACCAGAGAGCACUCCAAAACUCAAAACACUCUUUUUUUUAACUAUGUAUGGAAGUGUGUUUGUGUGUGAGAAUCAGAAUCAGCAUUUUGAAUAAUUUCACAGACAAAAACCCACAAUGAAUUUUUUUAUUGAUUCUGUUUCAAGGCAUUUUGACCUUGAAACCGAAUCAAAGUGCUAUUAUUACUAUACCAGUAUUAUCCUCCAGUGUUACUGAUUGACUGUACUGGCACAUGGACGUACUGUGUCUGAGUCGGGAAAAUCAGUUUUGAGGCCUUCUUAAAAAUCUUUGCAUUGUAUUCUCAUGAAUCCUAUUACGCAUGGGCGCUGCUUCUUCUUUUUUUAGCUAACUCGCCAAAGCACUGCCCAUUAGUUUAUGUUGUGUGGACAAAGCGAUAUAGUAAUUUCCAAUAUUCUGCAUUUAUAUUCACAAAAUAGCCUUGCUCAUUUAUUUGCUACAUAUGUGUGCUUUUGGUGAAUAUACAGACCUUUUCUUUGUAAUGUUAAUCUAAAGUAUGUUCAUGUAAACACGCAUUUAUAUACAGUACUUUUAAGUUAACUAAACUUUUCCGCGAGAGCCAUAAGUGUUUGCUAAGGAAGCAACCACACUAUAUUUUAUGACACAAAGGUCAGAUUUUCUCACACUGUCAUAGUUCAGGAAACAUACCAAGGCUGUUUCCUCCUGCCUAUGAAGCUGUGCCCUCAUUCGAUUGCCUGUUACCUUUGUGAUUGUAGAGCAAUCAUGCUCAUUUCAAGGCAAGGUUUUAUUUCUACCUCCUUUCUCAAAACUUUUGUGAAUUUCUUUUACCAUAUAUACAUAUAAGUGCAGAUGGGAUUUGUGUUAAGAUGAGCAAUGCUUUGCAAUUAGGUGCUUCACUAAGGAACAACAGGAAAUAAAACCAUACACCGGCAGUCAACAUUUUGCAAUAAUUAAGAUUUUUAAUAAUUUUGAAAUAAGUCUCAUAUGCUGAUUUGAUGUUCAGUUAUUUUCAAUCAUUAUUGGUUGGUCAGUUACUAAUGAUGGUUCUUAUUAUUACCAAAGGUGAAUUUUUUUUGCUGCUUAAUAUUUUGUGGAAAUAC